CUUCUCACUCCUCAGUCCUCAGUACGCAGCACGCCGGCUCGUAAGACACCCGUACACGUCGCCACGUAAACGAACUCAACGUGACCCUCGUAAAAUGUUAUCAACAACGCGGCUCGACUCGCUAACGUGUCAAGUGAUUUAAAAUGCCCGAGUGUACGGAACAGUUCGCGUUCACGAUUCCUGUAAUACGUUACACGAUGGAGGACGACAGGCCGGCCGAGGAAAGGCAGGCGAUCACCAAGAAGAUGUCCCUGUUGACGCCGGUGAAGAUCGAGACACCGGACAGCGGGAGACGGUCUUCCGAGCCAACGAAGUAUUACAUUCCUCCGCAGUGCAAUAACAGACUUUCCCCUAGAAGUGCGCGGAGAAGGGAUUCUAAGAGCAACUCUAAAAGUGGCGUGAAAGAGGAAUCUCCCUCCAAAGAGACUAUGGGACCAAAGCCGUGUAAUUGUGAGGAGUGCAGGGCGUCGAGUCCUCUACCCCCUGGCUACGGGCCGCAAACUCUAUCGCCUGGCUAUGACCAGAUGAAGAUUUCUUUGCUGGACGUCCCUUGGAAUGAGGAUUACACGGAGGCAUCGAGCGAUGAUCUCAGUUCGGAAUGGGAUUCGGAUGUACCAGAACCAGCUCCUGCUCCAACAUACAAGCAAUCCGAACGUUGGCGAAAACUACGCAACAUCGUGCAAUGGACGCCUUUCUUCCAAACGUACAAGAAGCAGAGGUACCCCUGGGUCCAGUUAGCUGGCCAUCAAGGAAAUUUCAAAGCGGGACCUGACCAAGGGACCAUCCUGAAGAAACUGAGCCCGCAAGAAGAAAAAUGCUUUGAGUUGCUGAUGAAGGAUAUCCUCCGGCCAUUUGUACCUGAAUUCAAGGGUCAAGUUACAUGUGAAGAUGGAGAACUGUACCUACAAUUACAAGACCUGUUGAGCGAUUUCGAUAGUCCCUGUGUGAUGGAUUGCAAGAUAGGAGUCAGGACGUAUUUAGAAGAAGAAUUAGCCAAAGCGAAAGAAAAAACUAAAUUAAGAAAAGAUAUGUAUGAAAAGAUGAUCCAAAUAGACCCAAAAGCACCUUCAGAAGAAGAGCACAGAAGCAAAGGAGUCACGAAGCCAAGGUACAUGAUCUGGAGGGAGACUAUCAGCUCUACCUCAACCUUAGGCUUCAGGAUAGACGGGGUGAAGAAAGCCGAUGGAACAAGUUCUAAAGACUUCAAAACCACGAAGACGAGACAGCAAAUAGCUGAAGCCUUCAAGGACUUUACAAGUAGUUGUCCAAAUGCUGCGGUGAGAUACUUAGAAAGGCUGAGAAGCAUUCGAGCAACACUGACUGAAUCUCAUUUCUUCAGAACACACGAACUGAUCGGGAGUUCGUUGUUGUUCGUUCAUGACAAAAGGAAAGCAUCCAUUUGGAUGAUAGAUUUCGCAAAGACUGUUCCUGUACCAGAAAACGUGAGCAUUGAUCACAACACAACUUGGAAGGUCGGGAAUCACGAAGACGGCUACCUCAUUGGCCUGGAAAAUUUGAUAACAAUAUUUGAAUCUCUCGUCAAAGAUGACAACGGUAACAUAGAAGUUGAAAGAAUAGAGAAUAUAAGACAGGACAGUUUUGAUACUUGAAGUGAUAUGACGCGAGAGGUUACUCUCAUGAUAUACGACAAUCUCAACACUGACGUGUUGCCGUAACGCAGUAAGACUGCGAUGUAUAGAUCUGAGAUGCAUUAUUGUUUUAAAAGUUUGACGCCGUGCCUACCUAUAGUUUAACUGUAAAUAUUUGUGUAUGAAUACAUUUUUGUGUUAAUUAUAAUCUUGAAAUACUCAUAAAUAAUUUUUAAGUUACAGCACCACCAAUAGUUUUAAUUCCAUCCGAUUAACUGAAUAUAUUAUUAUUCAUUAACCUAAAUAUAUAUAUUUUUUAAAAUUACGUACACUAUGUUCUUAUUGUAUUGUCGAAUUUGUAUUAAUUGUCAGAUCUCGAUAGAUCUGCGCUAUCGACGGAACUGAUAAAAAACCUAAUUUUAAAUAGGUAUUUAUUUCUUGUAAAUACACUAUAUUAGUGUGAGGACUAUUUACUGAUUUUAUAUUUGUAAGACACUAUCCGUAUAAUGUACAAAAAUAUGGUACUAAAUAAAUAUGUUGAACAAUUUUAUUACGUUAUU